AUGAAACAUUCUCACCACGAGGAGGAGAGAACAAGUCUUCUCUCCGCCAUGGCUGGCAACACACCUCAUGCCGCCGAUGACAAUAUGUUGGAAAGAAAGGCUCCUCCCUCAUUCAUGAAUCAAGCAUCAUCGGAGUUGGCUAAGGAACAACAACAAGAAGAAGAAACCUCUACUCCUGUUGCUGCUGAACUCACAGCUUAUGAACGAGGUGAAGCUGGCUCUAUAGGCAAAUGGAAAGACUCGUGUUCGCUUCCUUUUUUAUUUAGCAUCUUUUUGAUUGCAAUUCCAUUGUUGUGGUUCAUGUUGGUGUUUCAAAAUGUGUACAUGAAUCCUUUUAAUUAUUCUCCUGAUUUUGAGUGGAUUUAUAAUCAACAACAGCAACCAGUGAAUGUGAGCAUCUCUGAAAGAGUGAAUAGAACUGAAUUUUCGACCGAGUUUAUUGAGAAAAAUGUUUUGGAUCACUUUCCCAAGUUGUUGAAGAAGUACGGAGUGGCUGGAGCUCAAUUGGUGCUCAUUGAUCAAGAGAGUAAUACUUCUGAUCCAUCAGCAGAUCUUUCAUGGCGAGUGAGAGAGCUUGCGUUUGGUCAACGAGAUAUUUACUUCCAAGUGAAUAACACAGUUGAUAAUUUUACUCUAUUCCAAGUUGCUGAGCUCGGAGAAACGGUCACUGCUUUCGGUAUUAUGAAGUUAUUGAUGGAUGGUCGUAUCAAUUCCAUUGUUGAUUCUGCUAAUUUCUAUCUCAAGUCUUUCAAGAUUCGAGAUUUGAAUGGAAACAUUCAUAAUGAUACAAACAUUAAGGAACUCUUGCAACACACUUCUGGAAUGGUUAAUUUGAAUUCAUAUGAAACAUUCUAUGGGCAACCUGCAUUCGACGAUAGCCGUAGUCUUGAAAAAGUAAGACAAAACAUUCGUGUGGAUACUUCAAAGGUUGGAACCGUUUCCUUGAGUCGACAAAGCAUUGGUGCUGAUUAUGCAGUUUUACAAACACUCAUCGAAGACGUCACUGGACAAAAUUUCACCAAAUGGAUCAAUGAAAAUGUGCUGAAUCCUAUUGGAAUGAUUCUUUCAACCUACGACACAAAUGAUAUCUCAAAUGAUAGAAUUUUCAGCUCCUCUUAUGGAAGUUAUUUCUAUGCCAUUCCUGAAAUGGGAUACUCAGUUGUAUCUUCAUUUGGUUUAUACAGUCGUGCCAGAGAAUAUGCAAACUUGGUGAUUGCUGGUUUGAAUGCUGAUAAGAGCGGCAAUGCUGUUUUGGAUCAACGUCACACCAAGAGCAUUUUCAAUGGUGACAAAUACAUUGAUGGCUUCAAGUACACAACAGCUACAGGCUAUGGAGUUUUGGUUGAGACUCUCAGUGAUGGCUCAUUAACUGCCUUCAAGACAGGUCUCAAUGUCGGAUGGAAAGCACAAUAUGGAUUCAAUACUGCACACAAGCAAGGCUAUGUCUUAUUUACAAAUACUGAAGCUGCAGAGCCAGUUUUGGAUGUUUUCCAUUGCUAUUGGCAAUAUCAAAUGACGGGAAGCAAUGAAAAUAAUGCCUGUAUUCGAGUUGCAGACAGACAAAUGGGUGAUUUGAUUGUGUCCAUUAUUACUUGGGUAUUUGCUGUUGCUCUUUUCAUUUUCUGGGCCAUUAUGACUAGUGUGAUUUCUCACUCAAAGUUCCCAAUUACAUGCAAUUUCCCAUUCUUGUCUGGUAAUUGGCUAGAUAGAGCCACCAGUUGUUCUGUGGUGUCCAGAUUCAUUAUUGUAGUUGUCAUUGCUAGUAUUUACACAGCAUUAAUGAUCUUUUUACAUAGUGAUGUGUUUGGCCUUGUGAGAUAUAGUGUUCAUUAUGUAGUUUUUGCAGUUCGUUAUGCUCCAUUCUAUUUACCAUUCUCUUCUCUCGUUUUUGGAUUUUACUGUAUGACUUUCAUUUGCAUUGCUGUGUUUGUUUACCGAUCUGAAGAUCAAAAUUCAAAGAAGAUCAAGGACUAUGAACGAAUUAACUAUUAA